AUGAGUCACAAGUACUGAACGUUUCUUGUUUUCGUACACUCCAUGUGGUCAUAUAUUGACAAUACUGAAUCCGAUAUCCUCACUCUGACUUUUUCUUCAACCUAGACGACGCGUGCGAUUGUUGAGAAGAAUUGUUGAAACAGUUGAAAGAAAAAAAUUCUAGCGAUAAAAUGCUGUUCAAAGCCAUCUUUAUCGUGGUGAUAAUCGCCAUGUUUUGGGGUGUUGACGGUAGAGAUGUCGAGCACAACGGUGUAGUGAAACGAGGCACCUUAAACAAGACAAACCAAGACUUAAAGGCACUGAGCGAUGUUGUGAAAGCUUUGAAAGAAAGAAUAAAGGAGCUGGAGUCAAAGAAAGGCUGGUGUAAAGAUGGGACGCCAGGAGCAGCAGGAUCACCUGGAAAACCAGGAAAAGAUGGCCGUGAUGGUUCACAGGGAAAAGAUGGCGCUCCAGGAAAAGAUGGCUCACCAGGUCCAAGAGGAAGAGAUGGUCGUGAUGGYCAACAUGGCAGCCCWGGACCACGMGGUAUAGUUGUACCAAUUAGUCAUGAAUCAAUAGCCGUUUAUAAUAUUUUCCUGAAGUAUUAUUAGACUGUUGUUAUGUUUAGGUAGUCC